UACAAAAUAACAAACCAACGCACGGCAGCGUGGCAGGAAGAUGGCUUCUCAUUUUAGUGGAGUUUUGCAGCUGACAGAUCUGGACGAUUUUAUUACUCCGUCUCAGGAGUGCGUUAAGCCGGUGAAGGUUGAGAAGAAACGGGGGAAGUCGGUGGCCAAAAUUAAAAUCGAAGACGAUGGGAGCUACUUUCAGGUUAACCAGGAUGGUGGGCUGCAGAAGCUGGAGAAAGCGAAGAUCACGCUGAACGACUGCCUGGCCUGCAGCGGCUGCAUCACGUCCGCGGAGAGCGUCCUGAUCACGCAGCAGAGCCACGAGGAGCUGUACAGGGCCCUGGAGCACAACAAGCAGAUGGGUGCUCCGCAGAAGGUGGUGGUGGUCUCCGUGUCGCCCCAGUCCAGGGCGUCCCUGGCUGCCCACUUCAACCUGAGCAGCUCGGACACGGCGAGGAGGCUGACGUCUUUCUUCAAGAACCUGGGUGUGCAUCACGUGUUCGACACCUCCUUCAGCAGGACCUUCAGCCUGCUGGAGAGCCAGAAGGAGUUUGUGGAGCGGUUCUCCCGCCAGGAGCAGGACAGGACCGCCCUGCCCAUGCUGACCUCCGCCUGUCCAGGCUGGAUCUGUUAUGCGGAGAAGACUCACGGCGACUUUGUCAUCCCCUACAUCAGCACGACCCGCUCGCCGCAGCAGGUCAUGGGCUCCCUGGUCAAAGACUACUUUGCCAGCCAGCAGGGCCUGAGCCCAGAGCAGAUCUACCACGUGACGGUAAUGCCGUGCUAUGACAAGAAGCUGGAGGCGUCCAGACCCGAUUUCUACAUCAGCACGUCGGAGACCAGGGAAGUGGACUGUGUCAUCACCUCAGGUGAGGUGCUGAAGAUGCUGGAGAAGGAGGGCGUCUCCCUGGGUGACGUGGAUCCGGCGCCUCUGGACACCAUGUUCAGCAGCGUGUCUGGAGACGAGCUGCUCCGUCACGCCGGGGGAGGCUCGGGGGGUUACCUGCAGCACGUCUUCACUCACGCUGCCCGCGAGCUCUUCGGAGAGGAGGUGAAAGAGCUCACGUACAAGACCCUGAAGAACAGGGAUUUCCAGGAGGUGACCCUGGAGAGGGAUGGGGCCGUGCUGCUCCGCUUCGCCCUCGCCUACGGCUUCCGCAACAUCCAGAACCUGGUGCAGAAGCUCAAGCGCGGGAAGUCUCCCUACCACUUCGUGGAAGUCAUGGCCUGCCCUUCAGGUUAGGAGCUUGCAGGAGGGGGCGUCGGCCGGAGCGGAGUGCUCAUUGCUAAUCCAGCAGGCGGUCAGGUUAUAUAGAUCCUUAUCGCCGUGCUUCACUUUUAAAACUGACAAUAGGAGGUACUUCUUUAUGCGGAGAGUUGUGGGAGUGUGGAACGAACUUGAAAUCAUAGUUUCACUCAGGGAACGGCUGGAUGAGAUCCCUGGAUUAAUUCACCACUAAAUAUGAAACAGGUUUCACUAGCAAUGACAACACCCAGGAUUAAAGCGUCACGAAAGGAUUAUGGAGCGAACUUUUGGCUUAACCCUGCUUGGCUGAGGGCUGACCUCCUGGCCGGAGGACGAGGAGGGCAGGACCCCCAUGCAGGGUGACCAAGGGGCAACUGCAGAGGUGGAGAUGGGAUACAAGAGACAA